UCUACUGUUUUUAUGUUCUGUAAGAGCUCUCAAUCCAAACCAAAUCUCAUUGGCUUAUUGUCCAUGCAAACAAAUUAUUAUAAACUCAUAGUAACCGGAACCACCUUGCCUUUAUAUACACACUAGGGUUUUUACAUACACAUUUACAGUAUAGCAAGCAUGGUGACACAAAGAUUAUUAUGGGUAGUUUUCGGUUCGUGUUUCGGGUUGUUUUUGGUCUCUGCUUACGGAGCUCUUCAAAAAUUUGAACAGCAGCCCAAAAAUGAUGGGUCUGUCAGCUUUUUGGUGAUCGGAGAUUGGGGUAGAAGAGGCGGUUAUAACCAAUCUCAAGUUGCUUUUCAGAUGGGAAGGAUCGGGUCGAAGUUAGAGAUAGAUUUUGUGGUAUCGACGGGGGAUAAUUUCUAUGAUAAUGGACUAACUAGUGAAGAUGAUGAAGCAUUUCAGGAGUCUUUCAGUAAUAUCUACACUGCACACAGCUUGCAAAAGCUGUGGUACAGCGUUUUAGGGAACCAUGACUACAGAGGCAAUGCUGAAGCGCAAUUGAGCUCUCACUUGAGGAAACUUGAUAGCAGAUGGCUUUGUUUAAGGUCUUUCAUUGUCGAUGCUGAGUUGGCGGAAAUGUUCUUUGUGGAUACUACACCUUUCGUAGAUGCCUACUUCAGUAACGCAGAGGGUCAUAAGUAUGACUGGCGCGGAAUUUCUUCUCGCAAAUCUUACAUUGCUAACCUUAUCGAGGAUCUAGAAUUGGCAUUAAGCAAAUCAAAUGCAAAGUGGAAAAUAGUGGUUGGUCAUCAUGCAAUCAGAAGCAUUGGACAUCAUGGCGACACUCAAGAGCUAGUCAAUAAGCUUCUUCCCGUCCUGACGGCCAACAAGGUAGACUUUUACAUGAAUGGACAUGAUCAUUGCCUUGAACACAUCAGUGACACAAAUAGCCCUAUACAGUUCUUAACAAGUGGAGCAGGGUCUAAAGCAUGGAGAGGGGACCUUAAAGAAGUAAACAGAGGAGGUCUUAAGUUCUUCUAUGAUGGCCAAGGUUUCAUGUCGGUUCACUUGACUCACACUGAAGUUCAGAUUGCAUUUUAUGAUGUUUUUGGCAAUGUUUUGCAUACAUGGACUACUACAAAGUUGCUUCACCAAUCAUUCUAACCAUAUAACUUGUCAACCCAACUUUUCAUGCCUUGGGUUAGAGUAAGAUUAGUGGAAGAUAUUAUCCUAUUUUUUUAAGUAUGAUUACCAAAAUAUAGAAAAAUCUUUAUAGAUUUUGUUAGGUAGAGUAGUGUUGAUGUUGUAAUUCUCUUAUUUUAUAUAUAUCAUUUGAAGAGGGGGCAUAGCCCAUUGAUGUUGUAGUUUUAUUUUUUAAGAGCUAGGCAGAUUGUAAGGUUAGUGUAAUGAUCAUUACUUGUUCUUGAA